AUGGCCGCUUCAGCAUCUGCGUCAAUUGAAAUCUUGAAUCUUGCAAACCAGCGAAAUCUGCAGACAGAAUCCGAACCAGCCAUGGCUACCAUCAUUGCGACGAAGGCGUACGACCACUUACACAUUCCUACUAUUUCUAUGCGACUGCUAAUGAUAAUGGCGACUCGACAGAAAGGAAAAUUGACCGACAUCCUUGCCCCCGAGGCGCAACUUUGCGCGCGAGCUGCGGGCGGUCAUAAUGCUGGCCACUCCAUUGUUGCCAAUGGCGUGUCGUACAGAUUCCAGCUUUCACCUGCUGCCUUCUGGACUGGUCAACCCCAACUGCCUUCAUUCUUCAAGGAACUAGGAGAGCUCGAGCAAAAGGGACUUUCAAACGUCCACGAUCGAAUCUUCAUCAGCGACAGAGUUCACAUUGAUCUGGACCUCCACGUUGCCGUUGACGGCCUGGAAGAAGUUGAACUUGGAGACCGCAAGGUUGGAACGACAGGCCGCGGAAUUGGCCCUGCUUACAGCACGAAAGCGGCGCGAAGCGGUAUCAGGCUCGCAGAGGUCUUCAAUGAGGAGCUUUUUGAGUCGAAGCUCCGACGACUUGCAUCAGGCUACCAGAAGCGAUAUGGCGACCUGCUCAAGUACGAUGUUGAGGAAGAAAUCAACCGAUUCAAGACGUAUCGACCCAAGCUCCGCAAAUAUACCGUCGACGCCAUUGCUUUCAUGAAGGAGGCACAGGAGAAGAACACCAAGAUCCUUUGUGAGGGAGCAAAUGCUCUUAUGCUGGAUCUUGAUUGGGGAUCUUACCCAUACGUGACCAGCAGUUCCACAGGCAUCGGUGGCAUGGUAACUGGCCUUGCUCUUGAUAUCAGGAAGAUAGGCGAGGUCAUUGGCGUGGUCAAGGCCUACACCACUCGUGUGGGCUCUGGCGCGUUCAAGACUGAGGAUCUCGGAGAGUACGGAUCGGCGAAAAGUUUCAGGAACGAGGCCGAGAAUGGGGUACUUCAACUGGCCGAAGACGGCGCUGCGGCUGGCUUGGACGUCAACCACUACACGGCGCUGAAUCUCACCAAACUUGAUGUCCUGGACACCUUCCCGACCAUCAAGAUCGCCAUUGCAUACGAAGACCCCGAGACCGGCGAGAAACUCGAUUCGUAUCCCGCAUCAUUGGACGUUCUCGACCGUGCCAAGGUCAUCUAUCACGAGAUGCCCGGCUGGAACCAGUCGACUACCAACGUGAAGACCUUUGAAGAGCUUCCCAAGGAGGCCCAAGACUACAUCCUGUACAUUGAGGAAUUCGUUGGAGUCAAGAUCAAGUGGGUUGGUACCGGCCCAGACCGCGAGGCUAUGAUUACUCGGUUUUAA